GUAACUAUGACUCUCUUAAGGUAGCCAAAUGCCUCGUCAUCUAAUUAGUGACGCGCAUGAAUGGAUUAACGAGAUUCCCACUGUCCCUAUCUACCAUCCUGCGAAACCACAGCCAAGGGAACGGGCUUGGAAGAAUCGGCGAGGAAAGAAGACCCUGUUCAGCUUGACUCUAGUUCGACUCUGUGAAAUGACUUGAGAGGUGUAGAAUAAGUGGGAGCCUUACGGCGCAAGUGAAAUACCACUACUUUUAACGUCAUUUUACUCAUUUCGUGAGGUGGAGCCGGAGCUCUGCCCCUGCUUCUCGAUCCAAGGUGCAGGCCCUCGUGGUCUAUCCGAUCCAAGCGAAAGACAUUGUCAGCGACGACGUAUGCCUCCUCGGAUGACACAAGGUUGUCGAUAGGGCCAGCCCGUCUGGCCCCGAAAGCAUAAGUUCGGAGUUGUCCCUCCUGCGGCGGAGCACCGACGCCCUGGGGGUCUCUUCAUCGCAAUUUCUUUCGCUCGGGGAGUCAAACCCUUUGCAGACGACUUAGACAGGGAACGGGGUGUUCUCGGUCGUCGUUGGCGGCGGUCACGGCUGUCGGGGCUUUCCUAUGCCGUGGUGUCGGGUUGUGGAUCGUUGCGUUCACCCUCGCUCAUCGUCUUGCGAUGAUUGGCGCCUGAUCGCCGACGGCGGUCCGGUUGGCGGUCGUUUGCAGGGUGUGGAGGCGGAGGUGCCCGUCACCGGCUCUCAGCUUCGGCACCAUGAUCCCGUAGGUUACGGGGAGAGCUGUUGCGGCUCUGUUGUGGUGUCGUCUUCAUGUCCGCACUCACAACGGCGCGUUCCGUUUGUGUUAAGGGGGUGUCACGAAUUGGUGAGGACGCUCCGCGCUCUUCGUCAUCCGAGCGGCGCCAUUGAGCAGUGGCGCAGGUGGCCUCGGCCCUGCACCCUCUGCUUACCGUAUGUGAGGGCGGAGACUUCUGGGAUGCGUGAUGCACCCUCGGACGACGUCGCGAGGUUGGGCCCGUCAUCCGCCCGACUUGUUGGAAUGCGCGCUUGUGCCCGUCAUGUCCCCAAUCCUGUGGUCUCGGCUGGGGGUGGGGUGAUUGGUUGCCAUGCUGGGGGCGGGUGUGUUGAUAGUGUUGCCGAGAAGAUUGAGGAGCAGCGAUUUCAAGGGGGGGAUGUGUUACCCUCUCAACAGGUCACCCGGACUCUGUCGUCGGCUCCCUGUGUCAUUGUCACCUCGUCACCAGCAAUCCCUGUUGCAGGGGCAUCGGUCUCUCCGGCUGUCUCGAAACGUCUAGCGCCGAUUGGUCAACCACAGACUCAUGUUGUGCAUCAGAUUGGGGAUGGGGAGGAUGGCCACCAUGCAGGGGUUGGACAUGUUGGUGGUGUUGUCGAGAAAGCUGGAGAGCAGCGAUUGCAAGAGGAUGGCCCGUGUGUCGGCGGUAGCUUGCAAGAGGAGUUUGGGGAAAGUCCGGCAAAUAGGAAGCGUUCACGUGCUCGCAAGAGGGGGAGGAAGGGGAGGUCCCAGGCUACGGCUGGGGUCGGGGACAGAGGAAAGCAGCAGGUGGUACGGGGUUCGUCUACAUCAGAGGAGGAUGAGCCGCCUAGGAAGUUCAGAGAGGUUAAUCAGGUUGGAGUCCUGAGGACCCGGGGGGUGGACGAGGACAUACCGACAGCAGGGAGAAGGGGGAUUGUUGGACGCCUGCCUCAGGACAGGAGCGCUCAGCCAGGCGGACGGACCGUGCCGCAGGGUCCCGCUUCUGCAUGUUUGGAACGGUUCAUUGAAGUUAGUGAUGAGGAGGGGUCCAAUGUUGUUCCUACUCAAUCUGUGUCAUGUCAGGAGAUCAGGGCACCAUUGAGGGUCCUGCCCGAUGUGGCUUCUCCCCUCCCGGUUCCCCCUCAAGGCCGAGUGAGAUUGUCGUCACCAGACCCCUUGCAAGGUGCGCACGAGGAGGAUCGGGAGGAGGAAUCGGAGCCGCGUACGGGUGGAAGGAAUCAGGAUCCAAGGGAGGGGAACCCGUUCAAUGGUAGGUUGCACAUGCAGUUGCUGGAUGGGGUUCUGGAGGAUAUGCUCUCAGAAGGAAGGCUGUAUUUGGUUCCGCUGGUUUUUAUGGAAAGUGCGUCAGUUCUGCAUGUUCUUACUGUUUCGGCCUCGGCGGGUGUACAUAAUGCUCGCUUUCCGAUGGUUGCCCUCUCCGCUAUGCCGAACCAGCAGCACGCCCUGAUGGUGGCUCGGGAGUGGUUGGGCUCCUCAGCUGAAGUGGCCAUGAUCCCUGGAAUUUCGGCCAUUCGUUUGUUGUCACCCACUAGUCAUGAUUUCUCGGGCAUGAGACAUAGAGGGGUGGGGGAGGGUUUUGUCAAGGCAGUUGAAGUGGUGUUGGGAAUGGCUGAAGCUAGAGUUCAGAUUAAUGGAUUGCUAUCUUCACCCCUGAAGAUCACACGUUCUGUACGGCAGGGUUGCCCACUCUCUCCUGCGCUAUACAUCUUGUAUGUCGAACACUUGCGCGAGAUGAUCCCGGCGAAUGAUCAGAUUUUGGGUUUUGAGUUACCAGGGGGAGAACAGGUGAAGUCUAAUGCGUUUACUGAUGAUACUGCGGCAAUGUCCCGUCUGACGAACGAGAGCGUUUCGGCCCUGCAAAGUGAGGUGUCUCUGUUUGAGAAAUAUGUGGGUGCACGAGUGAAUUGGGGGAAAUCUGUGGCGGUGGUCCCGGACAGGGUUGACAUCACAAUGUUCCAAGGCAUGAGGACCCAGUCAACUGAGGAACUAUUUCUGUAUCUUGGUAUUCAGAUCCCUGCGACAUUGUCUUCAGGUUAUCAGUUGGAAGAUCUGCUCCAUCGCGCAGUGACACGAAUGUCGGCUUGGGCUAAACGUGCGUCGCACGGGGUAUUUGGUAAGGUCCUCAUUGCCAAUAAUGCGGUGUCUGCGACACUGUGGUAUGCGGGCGCGGUAUCGGAUCCUCCUAAGACGGCGUGGAAAGGAUACAAGGGCGCCCUUAGGAAGUUUCUGUGGAAGGACGACCCUUGUACCUCGCAGCUUAUCUACAGGGUGCGUUGGGAGAAGUUGGUGCAGCCAAGAUCGGCCGGGGGUCUGGGGUUGUUGGACCCUCGAGUGCAGGUUGCUGCCUUACAGAUGCGUUCCGUCUUGUGGCUCCUUCUAGAAGAUGAUGCGGAGCCUUGGAAGAUGGUCGCGCUACAAGAGAUGGCGGAGGCAAUCAGGGUGCAUCCGGCGGACGUUGAAACGGCCCUCCUUCACCCUCAGCUCUUGUAUGGCCUCCGCAGGGGGGCAUUGUGGUCAUGCGCCCUGGAAAAGUGGCGUGAAGCCCCAUUGAGGCAGUCGGCCCCGCGGACUGGUGACCAGAUCCUUGGGCAGUCUUUGUUUGGAAAUCGGCUCAUACUGCAGACGGGAGCCCCUUUCCCAUGGCAAGGCGGCUUGGGCGCCUUUGGGAGGCAGUGGUUGGAGUGUGGGGUGCAUCGGCUCGUUGACAUCUGGGAUGUGCAGGAGGUCUUGAAAGGCAACCUCUGCAACGGGCCGUGUGCAGGUUCCCUGGAAGGGGACGCCGAAGAGGGUGACAGCCCCRUCGACCGCCGGACCCUGCUGCGCAACGAGGUGUUGUCGAAGAGUCGGGUUGCUUGGGAAUGCAGCCCCAAUUGGGUGGUGAUGCUCCUCACCAAUAGACCGGAGCCGUGUUCUGGGGGGGGGUGGGGGGGAGGAAAAACUGUGAGAGCAUGGCCUAUCGAUCCUUUAGCAUUUGAGGACUUGAAGCUAGAGGUGUCAGAAAAGUUACCAGAGGGAUAACUGGCUUGUGGCAGCCAAGCGUUCAUAGCGACGUUGUUUUUUUAUCCUUCGAUGUCGGCUCUUCCUAUCAUUGUGAAGCAGAAUUCACCAAGUGUUGGAUUGUUCACCCACCAACAGGGAACGUGAGCUGGGUUUAGAUCGUCGUGAGACAGGUUAGUCUUACCCUACUGAUGCACCGCCGUUGCAAUGGUAAUCCAACCCAGUACGAGAGGAACCGUUGGUUCGCACAAUUGGCAAUUGUGCUUGGCUGAAAAGCCAGCGGUGCAAAGCUACCGUGCGUGGGAUUAUGACUGAACGCCUCUAAGUCAGAAUCUGUGCUUGCAGCGACGGCGUAUGCCUCCUCGGAUGACACAAGGUUGUUGAUAGGGCCAGCCCAUCUGGCCCCUAAAGCAUAAGUUCG